GUUAGUCUCUUAAGGACCUUUGAUGUCGCAGGACUGUGCUAUAGGCUUCUUAGGUUCAUCCUUUUAAAGCUGAUGGUUCUUUCCAUAAAUGACCCACCAAGGAUGGAGAAGGACAGAAACCACAUGGCUGCAAGGAUAUUAGACCUCACCCUGGAGAUCAUCUCCUUGAUAACUGGAGAGGAUUACACAGUAGUGAAGAAGUCGUCUGGUGAGUGUGUGACACCCCGGGUGUCAGGAGGAUGGAGCAGGACCCAGAGCCCCAUCACCGAGCCUUCCACUCAUUCCCUAAAACAUGAGCAGAAGAUCCUAGAACUUACCACCAGGAUCACUGAGCUGCUGAGCGGAGAGGUUCCUUUAAGGUGUCAGGAUGUUGCUGUCUAUUUCUCCAUGGAGGAGUGGGAGUAUUUAGAAGGACACAAGGAUCUGUACAAGGAUGUCAUGACGGAGAAUCACCAGUCCCUAACGUUACCAGGUGAAGACGGGAUAAGCGAUGUCCAUGAACAUCUCCAUUUACCUUCCUGUCAUGAAGCAGAAGAUAACAACACCACACAAGAUGAUUCAGUAACUCCUAAUGUACCCUCGGUCCUUCACAGCGGAGAUCUAUCCACCGAUAUCGCUGGUUAUAAGAAACCCUCAUCUAAUCAAUCAUUGAUUGGCAAAACAAGAACUAAACAGAAACGUGGGAAAAUAUUUCCACGUGAGAAACGUUUUAAAAAUAAAUCUAACAUUUCUUUGCAGGAGACAAAUCACAGAGAUAAAGGGUCAUUUUCAUGCACUGAAUGUGGAAAAUCUUUUAUGAGGAAAUUCUUUCUAGUUAUACAUCAGAGAAUUCACACAGGAGAGAAGCCGUAUUCAUGCUCAGAAUGUGGAAAAAGUUUUAUUCUUAUACCAUCUCUUGUGGGACAUUUAAGAACUCACACAGGUGAGAAGCCAAAUUCAUGUACAGAAUGUGGGAAAUGUUUUGCCCAUAACUUAGCUUUUUUUAAUCAUCUGAGAAUUCACAAAAGGGAGCAACCAUUUGUAUGUUCAGAUUGUGGAAAAUGUUUUAAUCAAAAAGCGGUUCUUGAUCAACAUCUAAGAAGUCACACAGGAGAGAAACCAUUUUUAUGUCCUGAAUGUGGGAAAUGUUUUACUCGGAAAGCAUAUCUUGUGCAACAUAUAAGAAUUCACACAGGGGAGAAGCCGUUUUCAUGUUCAGAAUGUGGGAAAUGUUAUACCUUUAAAUUUUCUCUUCUUCUUCAUCAGAGAAAUCACAAAAAAGAGAAGCCAUAUUCAUGCUCAGAAUGUUUAAAAACUUUUAGUCAAAAAUCGCAUCUUGAUAGACAUCAGAAAAUUCAUAAAAAAGAGAAGCCAUAUUUAUGCUUAGAAUGUUUAAAAACUUUUAGUCGAAAAUCGCAUCUUGAUAGGCAUCAACAAACUCACACAAGAGAGAAGCCAUUUUCGUGUUCAGAAUGUGGAAAGUGUUUUAGUCAAAAAUCAAAUCUGAAUAGACAUCAGAAAACUCACACAGGAGAGAAGCCGUUUUCAUGCUCAGAAUGUGGAGCCCGUUUUGCCCAUAAAAGAGUUUUUCUUCAUCACUGCAGAACUCACACAGGAGAGACGUUUUCAUGCUCAGAAUGUGAAAAAUGUUUUAGUAAAAAAUCGAGUCUUGUUAGACAUCUCACACAGAGUAGAAAACAUUGUAAUUAUCAGAUUGUAAGAAACGUGUAGGACCAUUCUGUUAGGUGUAGGACCUGCUGUCUAACAAUGCCUUCAGAUGUAUACAUAACAUCAUAUUAAAUUAACUUCAUACACCAUGCUAAAAACUGUGCAGUAUAACAAAAAAAUACAAGUCACACGUCCCCUUCUAAAAAGACCUUUAGGCCGAGUUCACACGAACGUGUGUGACCCGUGCUGCGGCCCGCAAAUUGCGGGCCUCAAUGCAUGAUCGCCUGCCGUGAGUCAGCCGCAUCAGAUCGCGGACCUAUUCACUUUUAUGGGUCCGCGAUCCGCCCGUUCCGCAAAAAGAUAGGACAUGUUCUAUCUUUUGCGGAAUGGAAGUACGGGACGCAACCCCAC